AUGUCGGACGGAAAGGACAAGAGCGCGAACCCCAUGCGCGAGCUGCGCAUCCAGAAGCUCGUGCUGAACAUCUCUGUCGGCGAGUCUGGUGAUAGACUUACCCGUGCCGCCAAGGUGCUGGAGCAGCUGAGUGGUCAGACCCCCGUCUACAGCAAGGCCCGUUACACCGUCCGUACCUUCGGUAUCCGUCGUAACGAGAAGAUCUCCGUCCACGUCACCGUCCGUGGCCCCAAGGCUGAGGAGAUUCUCGAGCGUGGCCUCAAGGUCAAGGAGUACGAGCUCCGCAAGCGCAACUUCUCCGAGACCGGUAACUUCGGAUUCGGUAUCUCCGAGCACAUCGACUUGGGUAUCAAGUACGACCCCGGUAUCGGUAUCUACGGAAUGGACUUCUACUGCUGCAUGACCCGCCCCGGUGAGCGUGUUGCCAAGCGUCGCCGCUGCAAGUCCUCCAUCGGUGUCAACCACAAGAUCAACGCCACCGAGACCAUGAAGUGGUUCAAGAACCGCUUCGACGGUAUCAUCCGGUAA